AUGACUUCAGCGUAUAUUGGAGUUCCCGCAUCUUGUGGGGGAAUACAGUCCGCCUACAUGGGUGUGGGCGCUGGUGGAAACAAGCCCGUUGGAGGUGCCGGAGUGCCCACUCCAGCCAACCAGUCCGUUUACAUUGGAGCAGGCGCUCAAGCUGGCUUGGGUGCUACUUCCACUUAUAUUGUAGCUGGUGGAGGCGGUGCGGCCGGAAAGUCCGGCUAUUUCUCCGUGGGAGGAGCUCAGCCCGGAGCUCCGGCUCCCAUUCCAGGCAAGUUAUGAUCAAAAGUUAGAAAGAAAAUACCUUCCUUGGUGGUAUUUUAUUAUUGAUUUUACAUUCUUGGUCACUAAAACAAUAUAUAAAAAACGCAUAUGUGUACAAUUCAAAAUUUGUGAAUUCGUAGUAAAUUCUGUCUAAUUUCAGUUGGUGGAACCUCGACAAUGACUGCCGUUGGUGGAGCCCCAGGAGGAAUGUCUACGAUGACUGCUGUUGGAGGAGUUCCCGCGGGAGCUUCGACGAUGACUGCUUUGGGUGGCGCCCCGGCCGGAACCUCGACCAUGACUGCUGUUGGACGUGCUCCCGGCUCCACGAUGACUGCCCUUGGCGGCGUUCCAGCCGGUGAGUCAAGUAUUAGUAGCUUAUAUUCGAGAUUUCAACUAUCGAAGUUAAACAUUUAUAUUCUUAUGAUCUACAAAUUUGGUCUUAUUUUUAGGAGCCUCCACGAUGACUGCUGUUGGUGGUGCCCCAGCCGGUACCUCGACCAUGACCGCUGUUGGAGGGGUUGCCCCAGGAGCUUCAACAAUGACUGCCGUUGGUGGAGCACCAGGAGGAAUGUCUACGAUGACCGCUGUUGGUGGAGUUGCCCCAGGAGCUUCGACGAUGACUGCUGUGGGCGGGGCCCCAGGCGGAACCUCCACUAUGACUGCUGUUGGACGUGCUCCCGGUUCCACGAUGACUGCUGUUGGCGGUGCCCCAGCAGGUGAGUGAAACUUUAAUGGUAUUAGCUGAUGUGCGAAGUUGUAUAACUAUCGAAAUGGAAAAACUUUCUGUUUCUGGCCCAAACGUUUCGCAGCGGGCUUUUGAAGAAAAAGUAAAAAAUAGCCUAAGGUCCGAUCUAAGCUUGACCCCUGUAAGCCCCUGCCUAAUCCUAAUAAAUAUUUAUCGUAACCGAGAUUGUUCGGGCACAAGCUGAAAAAUCUUUUCGCUUGGACCAGAAAAAAGAAGUUUUACUAUCGAAAUUAAAAAAGCGACGUCUUUAUGAUCUAAAAAUGCGGUCUUAGGAACCUCCACGAUGACUGCCGUUGGUGGAGCCCCAGGAGGAAUGUCUACGAUGACCGCUGUUGGAGGUGUUGCCCCAGGAGCUUCGACAAUGACUGCCGUUGGUGGGGCCCCAGGAGGAAUGUCUACAAUGACUGCUGUUGGCCGUGCUCCCGGUUCCACGAUGACUGCCGUUGGUGGAGCCCCAGGAGGAAUGUCUACGAUGACUGCUGUUGGCGGUGCCCCGGCCGGAGCCUCCACUAUGACUGCUGUUGGCGGAGUACCAGUUGGAUUGUCGACCGUCACCGGUGUUGCAGGAGGCCCGGCAGGCACUUCAACGAUGACCGCGGUGGGUCAGCCAGCCGGUAUGUCGACUAUGACUGCCGUGGGAGGAGUUCCAGGUGAGAAAUGAGCUGUUAUGUAUAGCUGGUUGGCUUAUUUAUCAAUCAAUUUAUGGCUGUUAGAUACACUUUGAUUUAAAUACUACAUAUUUAUAAUCGUUUUUUAGGAAAAUCCACCAUGACUGCUCUUGGCCAACCCGCCGGCACUUCCACGAUGACUGCUGUUGGACAGCCUGCUGGUAAGAGUGUUUGUAAAGGUUCUAGAUUAAAUUGUAAACGAUAGACCAGCUAAAUUUAGACGUUUGACUAAUUUUUCAAGCUGAAGAUAUUAUUUUGAAUGGUGACUAAUAUUAAAAAAAUAUUUUUAGGCAGGUCCACCAUGACCGCUGCCCUAGCCGCCUCGACCAUGACUGCUGCUCCCAAGUAG